AUGAGCUCUCUGCAACUUAUUCAAGAUUCCAAAAAUCUGAUUCUGGUAGCUGUGCCACUCAUGGAUUCUCCUUUGCAGAUUGCACAGUCAGCCCCAGUCUUCAUUCAAAAAAGAAGGAAACAAAAAAGAAGAAGAGGAGGACAAAAGGCGGACAAUUCAUCUGCUUCUCCACUUGCUGUCCAACCAAAUACAUUGACUACUCCUGGUAAUGUUCAGCCACCUCCAUCAGCAAAGAAAAGAAGGGGAAGGAAAAAGGGAACAAAACAUCGUCACAACUCAUCAACUGGUAAUCAGGUCGAACAGCCAACUUCGUCUUCUGAACGAGAAUAUGCGAGGAGUUGGGGCGGAAAACAUCCAAAUUCUAAUUCGACCGGUCAAGAAGAGGCUCAAACAACUCUAUUGACUACUCCAUUACUGAAAAAGAGAAAAGGGAAAAAGGGUAAAAAGGGAAAGGAACACCGUUGCAAUUCUCCGGCUGUUCAGCAAAAUGUCCAACCUUCUCCGCCGACUCUUGAACAUGCCGCCCAACCAUGUCAAUUGACAGCUUUGCAAGUGGCCCGAGUGCCACAUGUGACUUUUGACUCUCAUGAAGCGUCGUUCGUUGAGUCAAAUUGUGCAACCACAGAUCCUGAUAUGGAAUCAAGGCAAGCUAGCUCUUUGUUAAUUUCUGAAGACGAAAGACUCAGCUUGGAACGAAUUGUUGAACAAUCAUUGAAUUCUCUCUGUACAAAACGAAGAUGGCCCAAUCACUUGAUGGACUUUUCUCCACUUGUCGAUGUUUUGGUGAAAAAGAACGGCACAUUAUUCCUUUCGUCAAUUACAACAGCCCAGUUUGCAAGUAAGAUGCGCAGUCUCUGCUCCCAUCUCAAAUCCACUGAGUUGAAGACUGAAGGACUACCAUUGCCUGAAUUUCAUCGAAAAGAGGCUUUGACUUUGAUCAAACAACUCAUCAUGAGACCAGGCCGGGUUCCUACAGAUGCUGAUGCUUCAAUACUUCUUGACGAAUUGAAAACACGUGAAGGUCAAUUGUUUCUCAAAGCAUUCUUGAAAGCCUUCAAUCAACCUGCUAAGAAGGAUGCUCUUGACAUUAUCGUGGUAGCCUGUGAAUUUUUGAGUGCUUCACUGUAUGAAGUCGAAAAUUACUUUGAUCGUCGGCAUGAGGCCCGAGAGUUUGUGCGAUACUCUGUAUCAUUUAAAGGUGGCUGUUUGCUAGGGCGUCUUCUCCUUUUCUUCCUGGAAAUUCGUUACAAAAAAUUUAUAGAUCCUUUUCUCCUGGGCAAAAAGGACGAGGCAAGAGUCACGUUCAAAGUUAUUGCCUAUGAUGAGAAGUAUAACCCGGAUCUAUUGGAAUUCUUGUUUGACACAUUAUGGAGCCGAGUGGGUCUAUCUUUUAUGCUUUUGGCCGCGCAUCGAAACUCAGUGCCCAAAGCGUGGGAAGCGACUUUCGCGCUGGAAGGGUGUUCGCCAUUCACCACAUCGAAACGUUUCUCUCGUUGGUGGCAUUCCUAUUUUCCCACAUCCAAGAUGUUCCGAUUCUUGUAA